AUGGACAAAGUCAAGGACACGCUGAAAAAGGGGUUCUCCAAGGAGAUUGAAAUGAAGGAUGGAUCUGCCCAGGGAGAGCGGAAGGAUACCCUUCAGACGACAUGGCCAACCCGAGAACAGCACACGAGCAUGACGGGCGGCACUGACCCGCACUUGGGCCGGGCCUCACAGGCCAGUGACAUAACCGGCCCGACGGGGAAAGACUCGAUGGGCCAGCCGAGCAAUAAGCCUUGA